UAGGGUUUUCACAAGAAUGUCGACCGGUAAAUCUAAGCAAGGCGACACCAGAUUGGUGGUUGCAGCCACGGCUUCAGCGUUAAUGGAGUGGAAGAAGUCAGAUCAUCACGGAGGAUCUACAUCUAUCGUGGAGUAUAAACGGCCGGUGAUGCUAGAAGACGAGGAGGAUCUAGAGAUAAAGCUCAGACGAAUCCUCGAUAACGUCCCUGAUCGCGUUAGCAAUACAUCCGGAAGUUCGGCUGGUUCUGGUUCCGGUGACUUUCACCAGUACCUGCAAAUGAGGAGAAGAGAACAAGACCGACUCAUAAGGAUGGAUAUUGACUACAACAAGCGUCUACAAAUGGCGGAGUUUAACAUAAGAAGAGAAGAGAGACUGAAAGCUGCGGAGGAGAAAACAUCAAAGAAGCGUUUGAGACGUCAAAAGAAGAAGCAGAAAAAGCAGGUGAAGAGGAGAAAAGCAAACACUGAAGAAGAACAAGAAAAGCAGCCUAGAGAAGACUUG